AUGCAAUUAAGAGUAUCACCUUUAACUAAGAUUAUAUCACUUUCAGGGUUUUUGGCUUUAGGAUUUCUUUUAGUGAUUUUAUCCUGUGCCUUAUUUCACAAUUAUUAUCCAUUAUACGAUAUAGUAAUUUUCCUAUUAGCACCUAUACCAAAUUCAUUAUUUAAAAACAGGUCAGACUAUGGUUCAGGCUCGUUUAUGAACGAUCCACUUGACGGUUCCCUAGGACAAACAGCCUCAGAAUUAGGUUAUUUUUGCACCGGGAUGCUUGUCACUAGUGGGAUAACGCUACCUUUGGUGUUCUAUCACUGUCAGUUAAUUAAUUCAGUUAGUUGUGUAAUGAGUAUCAGCGGUGGUUUAAUCAUAUAUUCGAGUAUUGUUAUCUUUUCCUGGUUUUUCCAUUCAAGCUGGAAUGAUGAUGAUUCGAACAAUGCUUUAUUUACAUGA